CUCGCGCUACAAUCGCCAGCGCGAAAGAAGUGUCUCCUGGCAAUUUUCUGUUUCGCCCAGUUCUUGGACACUUUCAACAAUUCUGCUUUAUUUGCGGCAAUCCCACCUAUCUCAGCGGCCUUGGGGAUAUCCAACAGCAACUCCGUAUGGCUCCUAAGCGCUUACCAGCUAACAUUUGCCGCUCUUCUUCUUAUAAGUGGACGGUUAAGCGACCUCUAUAACCCCAAGAUCGUUUUCAUUGCCGGUGCUGCACCUAUGAGCUUUUUCGCACUUGGUGCAGGCUUUGUGCGCUCUCAAGUGCCUUUGAUUGUACUAAGAGCUUUCAUGGGUGUCGGUGCUGCGCUCACGGUCCCGUCCGCAUUA